UAUAUAUAUAUAUAUAUAUAUAUAUUUUGGUUACACCGCACACGUAAUUAUUACAUUGAUUCUUUCAUCCACACGCAAAACUUAUGCAUUUUAUCAGUACUUCAAAAUAAUUUUAAAUAAAUUCGCAAAGCCCUUUAUAUAAAGCACCCUUUCUCACAAUUUUCACACACACACACACACAAACAUUUCUAAAAUUCCAAUUAACCGCAGCUUACAUUUGGUUCUUCUUUCAAACUCAACAUGGGAAAUUUGGUGUCAUGCAGUAAUCUUCCAGCUCCCCUGAUGAAAGCCGCCAAGGCCGCCAGGGUAAUCCUCCCCAGCGGCGAAGUACGGCAGUUCCGGCAGCCAGUGAAGGCGGCGGAGCUCAUGCUGGAAUCACCCAACAGCUUCUUGGUCAACUCCAGCUCUUUAAAAAUGGGGAGGAGAUUCUCAGCCCUUUCCGCCGACGAAGACUUGGAGUUCGGGAAUGUUUACAUUAUGUUCCCGAUGAGGAGGGUGAAUUCCGUCGUCACCGCCGCCGACAUGGCGGUGGUCCUGAUGGCGGCGAACACGGCUUCGCGGCGGAUCGCUGGUGGGAAGGUGAAGCCGGAGGUGGUGGUGGCUUUAGCGCCGGCGGCGGCGGCGGCGGAGGAGGAGGCGGAAGACGGUGGUGAUCGGAAUAAUAACGAACGGUCGAGAUUGAAUUCGGGUCACGAGAUUGAAGGGUUCCAGGAUAUGGAAUACAGAUUCAGGUUGUCAUCAUGCAAAUCGAGGAAGCCUUUGUUGGAUACAAUCACGGAGGAGCCGAUCUUUUCCAGAUAAAUUGAAAUUUUUUUUUUAAAACUGUAAAUACAUCAUAUUUGAACGUGUUGAUCGGUAGAAUUAAUAUCUGUAUUUUCUUUUUAUUUCUUUUUCUUUUCUUUUUCUAGAUAUAUUAAUCAACUAGUAGUGUUUUUUUUUUUUUGAAUUUGUUUUUCUGUUUUUGUUAUCUUUUGGUUGGGUACAUAUUGAGGAGC